AAGCCUCCUCUCUUCCAGCACAAAAGGAGGUGCAACAUUUUGUGUGUCACGGAGAGACUGAAAUAUCUGCAGAGCACAAAGUGUGCAGGCACCAUUCUUAUAUUAUAAGUUGGCUAUAUAUAAUAUAGAACACAUGAUAAUAAAGCAGCAUGCUGCAUUCAGGCGCCACAUUUAUCAUGUAAAAAAGCUCCACAUUUGAACCAUUAAAACAGAUUUUCUCACAUAAAAUGCGCAUUUUAUGCCCUAUUUAAUGAUUAAAAGCAGGCAUUUAUUCUUGGCCUGGAGCAGUGGGCGUCACCUGGUGCGAUCAGGUGUCGCACUUUUAUUUUUAGACAUUUAAAAAUAAACGGCAGGAAUAAGUCAGGGUGGAAUAUGUGCAGCGGCAAAAAGAUGCAAUAAAUGAGAUUGAAAUAAAGAUAUAAAGAUGAUGAUAUGUGUUAUUCUCGUUGGUUUUAAGUGUGUUUCUGUUGCUCUAACCUGUGAUGCGUUCAGAGCCGGAAGAGCCGGCGUGCACAGUACAGUAAGUACGGUAAAGAGGCCGCCUCUCUUAUGCCGCCCCUGUGCGCGCCGCAGCCUGCCCGGUAGCCUAUGUGCGCUGCUUUCUCUCUCCUGGCGGUGUGUUAUAUGAUGAUGUGACUCCUGGACCGAGGGCGCGCACACCACGACUCUCGCACUCUCUUUCUUUUCUCUCUCCCUCUCUCUCGCUCUCUCUCUCUCUAAAUGCCAUCGGCGCUUCCAUCUCUAUGUCACUCUUUCUUCACAUCUGCGUGGAAAAAAACGCGUCCGUCCAUCCGUCCAGCGUCCACUACAGGUGAUCGGAAGCAAGCGCGGAACCUGUGGAUUUAACAAAAAAACGGAUUUGGGACUGAUUAUUUCUUAUCUUGUGACUUGUGCCGGUUUGCUUCGGCGUGCAUGAACAUUUACUAAAGAAAAAGAAAAAAGCAAAGCUAUGGAAGUAAGUGCGGAUCAGCCCCGAUGGAUGAGCCAUCAUCCCGCGGUGUUGAACGAGCAGCAGCCCGGCUCACAUCACCCGGGCCUCGGCCACUCGUACAUGGACCAUUCGCAGUAUCAGCUCGCUGACGAUGUGGAUGUACUGUUUAAUAUCGAUGCACAGGGGAACCACGUCUCUCCAUACUAUGGAAACUCAGUCCGAGCCGUCCAGAGGUACCCUCCUCCUCCACACAGUAGCCAGGUGUGCCGUCCCUCAUUACUGCACGGCUCUCUGCCCUGGCUGGAGGGGAGCAAAGGCAUCGCCCCGCACCACAGCACUUCUCCCUGGAACCUGAGCCCCUUCCCCAAGAACCCCCUGCACCACGGCUCCCCGGCCAGCCUGUCCGUCUACCCCCCGGCCUCCUCCUCCUCCCUGUCCACCGGUCACUCCAGUCCACACCUCUUCACGUUUCCCCCGACCCCACCGAAAGACGUAUCCCCGGACCCGGGCAUAUCCACCCCGGGCCCCAGCGGCUCCGGGCGGCAGGAGGAUAAAGAUUGCAUAAAGUACCAGGUGACCCUGUCCGAGAGUAUGAAACUGGAGUACACUCACAGCCGGAGCGUGGCAUCAAUCGGAGCAGGGUCAUCCUCUGCCCACCACCCCAUCGCCACAUACCCACCCUAUGUCCCUGAAUACGGCCCAGGCCUCUUCCCACCAAGUAGCCUGAUAGGUGGGUCAUCUUCUAGUUAUGGUUCCAAAACAAGACCAAAAUCAAGGUCCUGUUCAGAAGGUAGAGAGUGUGUGAACUGCGGGGCCACGUCUACUCCGCUGUGGAGGCGGGACGGUACGGGUCACUAUCUGUGUAACGCCUGCGGACUCUAUCACAAGAUGAACGGGCAGAAUCGCCCUCUCAUCAAACCCAAGCGGCGGCUGUCCGCAGCCAGACGGGCAGGGACGUCAUGCGCAAACUGCCAGACGACAACGACGACGCUGUGGCGGAGAAACGCCAACGGGGACCCGGUGUGUAACGCCUGCGGCCUGUACUACAAACUGCACAAUAUCAACCGACCUCUGACCAUGAAGAAGGAAGGCAUCCAGACCAGGAACAGGAAGAUGUCCAGCAAGUCCAAGAAGAGCAAAAAGUCCCAAGACGGCAUGGACGACUUCUCCAAGAGCCUGAUGGACAAGAGCAGCUCCUUCAGCCCGGCCGCCCUGUCCCGCCACAUGUCCUCCUUCCCGCCCUUCUCGCACUCCAGCCACAUGCUGACCACCCCCACACCCAUGCACCCCUCCUCCAGCCUGCCCUUCGCCCCCCACCACCCCUCCAGUAUGGUGACAGCCAUGGGUUAGACGCCCCAGCGCCGCGCCGCCCCUGAACCCUCGCCACCACCGCCACCGCCACCAUCUCCCUCGGUACCUCUGCUGACCUGCUUCCUACGCCCUUAAAAAGACAAAUAAACGGCUCCUCGCCCCCCCUCAGCCCCCCCCGGCCCACCGGCGAGCUGCGGUGCGAAGAAACGACGACAGGCUUCCGGCUCCUUUGUCCUCAGUUGUAUCUUAUUUUUAUAAAAAUCCAAGCGUACCUCUGCGACGUGAAUGCUUUGCAGACUCGACUCGACUGUGGCGCACUGACCUCCAGGGGGGAACAUUUUGUUUUCCUCCGACCCGACGGGAGAGAAAGAACCUUUUUUUUCUCCCCCCCUCAUCCCCCCACCUCCCCCCCAAGAAGCCGCCACCGCCACCACAUUGACGCUGUCCUCCCAGCUGAUCCACAUGAUAAGGAGCUCCAUUUGUGUACAAAAAGCCAUUUUUCCACACACGAACAUCACAAGAACAGACAUUGAUAAAAAACUUUUUCAACGAACUCUCCCGAAAUUUCCAAAACCCCGCCUCUCUUCACCUUGCACCUGUGUAACAGGAACCCCCCCCCAACCCCUUCCCCCCACAACCCCCCCCUUCCCCCUCUUCUUCUUCUUCUUCUUCUUCUUCUUCUUGCUGGAGAUGAGAGAGACAGACGUUGAAUAUAUUUGUACAAAUUGUAUGAAAUACAGUACAUUUAAUGAAGACUUUUUAAUUAAGUAAGAGAAAAAAAAAGGAAACAUGCCCCUGGGCAGCUAACGACGAGAAGGGUACGAGUCAGGAGGAGAGACUUGCCGCCAGACGAGCGAGGAGAGGAGAGGAGGAGAGGAGAGGAGAGGACGCCUCGGAGUCUCGGAGGAAAGAGAAACGGGAGGAGGAGGUGAGAAGACGAGAGGGAGAGACUUUGAGUAAGGGCAGGCCUCGGUUUUCGCCUGCGUGAAUUGUGUUGCAUUAAGUUUGCAGAGAGUCAGCGGCUCUGGCUGCAGGCGUCUCUUCUACUUUUUUUUUUUUGUUCUUUUUUUUUUUUGGAUGUGCUAUAGGUCUCGGGCAAUUGGUUUGUGUUGACGCGCGCACGUACACACACACACUGACACACACACACACACUCACACACAUGCACACACACACAUUUGAUCACCUGAAAGACUUUCUUCCUGCCCACAGAUUAUAUGCAUUGUGAAAAAAGUUCCUGUAUUUGUUAUUUGUAUGUAUAAAUCAGAGUACCAAAAAUACGAAAUAAACAAAGAUGUAGAAUUAUUUCUUUAUGUUAUGCAGACUGAAUGGUUGUAAAAAUUUAAUAAUAAUCACUAGUGUAAAAUAUGACUGCUUUUUUGUUUCGUAUUUUUUUUCCCUCUUUGAAAAUAAUAAACUAGUUUAAUCUCUGUUGACAUGUUA